CAAAGAGAACUGGAGAAAACAAAAGCCGAGUUACAAGGGCAGAAAAGACUCAAGGACAUGAAGAGAGAACUACUGACAGGAGAAGAGUUUUCCGAUUCAGAGUCUCUCAGACGAGCUAUAAUCGCUUCCAGGAUGCACAGCGACAUAAAACACAAGACGAAAAGGCUGCUGCAGAAGGAAUUUGAGCAAUUGAAGGUAGCUCAUAUUGUGGGUGAGGAAGCAUUCAGGUCACAAAUCCAGAAAGAAAAAGAGAAAAGUGACGCCCUCCAACAAGAGCUGGACCAAAUCAAGACUCGCUACGAGGAGCUUCAAUCGAAAUAUGAAGGAGAUGUUUCUGCUUUAAGACAGCAAGCAGAAAUAUUUAAGCAGGAGGUAGAUAAAGAGAUGAAAGCUCAGUCACAGAAAAUGAUGAGGGACCAAAAGAUCAUCAGUGAACUUGGAGCCGAGAAGGACAGUCUCCAAAAGCAACUCACUGUCCUCCAACAACGGUACUGUAGCUGUGAGGUUAAUUAUGAAACAGAGCUGGAAAAUGUGAAAACGGAGCUCCAAGACAGAGAUGAACUAGGACCUCCAAGAAGAAAAGUGGCCAGGCAUCAAGAACCAAACAGGGAAAACUACACUAUCCCUGUAAAAACCAUUUAUGACCCUGAGACCAUGGAUCUGGAUCAUCUGUUAGAGAAUAUUGAAUUUCCUGAUGCAUCUCCCAAGGAGCUAAAUGACUUUGUAAACGAGAUGCUGAGAGAUUCAAGUUUCCUUGAUCCUGAAGCCAUGAAAGUGACAGACCUGUGUGUGGAAACAGCAGCUGCUGACUGACUCAUCUGUUGUUAAGUGUGGUAAAAGGUGCAGGAGAGGCUGGUGAUAAGGAAUCCACAAUUUCCCAUCAGAAGGGGAGGCAGCGAGAUGAAGAGGAAACCUUUGAGCGCUGACAUGGACGUAAUGAUGAGGAGAAUGUAAAAAAAAAAGAA